UAGUCGACCCAUGAAGAGAAACAGUAGAGGGCGCCAAUUCGUAAGAAAUCAGAACGUGCUGUGUGCAUGUGGUACUGGCCGUUUGCACGUACAUGUACAUACUGUGGGCCAUGGGUAGUUCACAACAGACCUGACAGAGAUAGAAAUCGGCGACACAAAAUACCAGUGACUCAGGUCAUUCUACCUCCAUGCUCAGGUUAUGUGGAUCAUGAUAUAGUACCAGAAUUACAAUGUCGGCACACCACUCAAAGAUUCUUUUGGGCCGAGUAAUCGGAACCGGAAUGAUGAAAACUGCCAAGGUUCGGGUGGAGCGGCUUGUGUUGGACAAAUACGUCAUGCAGUAUUACCCCAAGCGGACCACUGUCUUCGCCCAUGACGCACAAGAGGAGGCCAAAGAGGGUGACAUUGUCCUGGUGAAGCAGCUGACUCUGCCACGCUCCAAGCACGUCAAAUACCUCAUGGAUCGCAUCAUCUACAGCCAGGGCAAUGUGACGGAUCCCAUCACGAGGAGGAAGUGUGACGGGUCAUCGUACUGGGAGGAGGCGGCACCACCGUAUGAACUGGACGGGGAUGGACUCCCCAGAGAUGAAGUCGUAGAACCCAGCUCAAGCACUGAUACAGAGACGGAGAGGCAUUCAGAGGGAACAGCUGUUUGAGAUUUCAGCAGAGGGACCGAAAGUAUUUUUUAUUAUAGAGUGGAUAUUGAUACGUCAAUCUACAGCAUGGAUCCAGUGGUGUAAAAUCAAGCUUUCAGGAUCAAGAAAAAGGGAACUUUCUGACAAGGUAGCCCCAACAUUUGAAGAGGAAGACUUGGUCCGUACAACUUGGAGAGUGUUUAUUGUUCAUACAUGUACACUGAUUGUGAAGUGCCCACAGUGUCACAGCCCUUUUAUCACCAAGACUGUCUGCCCAAGUUUAUGUACAUAUAUGAUUUACUUUCUAGUUUCUCGGUGAAUCAUUUAUUCAUUAAUAUCACUGAAGAAUUGAGCAAUUCCACUACAGGUUAUUGUUUCUGGGAGUUUUUGCAAGUUCUGACAAGCUGUUCAAAACUUCAAUUCCGAUCUGUCAACACCACAACAAACUCUUGUACAUCAUUUUACUCACUGGUUUAGUAUUGUACAAAAUCUUUAAUUUCCUGAUCUCAGAAUGCUUAAAUUCAUCAAUGAUUCAGUUAUAUUACACUUAUAUGUAAUUAAAAAAAUAAUCAGUAAUUGAACAAUUACUAUUACACAAGGUUGAAUGACUUUGAACAAAUUGUAACAUUUCUGUUACAUGUACAUGUAUUGACAGUCCAACUGGCAAACUAAACUAUAUGUACAUUUAAUUUCUGCACUUGACAUAAUUCCCAACAUGUAUAACCGGCAAAUGAAUUUGGAGGGGAGAAUAGACUUUUCAAUUGUAACUCCUUGCAAUUUAUUCACCAUCACACAUAUUGACAGUGAGGCAUGCCACAUACUAUCGGAAACCUUUUUUGCACAUUGUAAACAUUUCCAGGGUAAGCUUUUGUGACUGAACUCUUCAGUUUCUGGAAUUCAGGGCCAUUUUCCAAACCCUGGGUCUGUUCCUGGUUUGGCCUGAUCAUGCUCUCAGGAUUUAGGUCAUGUCCAAAUUGACUUGGCUGUGGUUUGAAAUCCUUGGGGUUUGGAUGCAGCUGCUGUCGCACACUGAUGUGUGAUUUUAAGACAAAGCCAAGUACAUGAACAUGUUGUUCAGUCUCAUUGACUGUUGGAGACAAAUGAAUAGAGACUAUAAUCCGAUUUCACACCAUAACUGUGGUGGCACUGCACUCACACACACAUUCUUCAGCCUGUAUUUGGCAACGUACGACACCCGAUUGGUUAAAGAGGCAUGUAUUACGCACAUGUACCACCUGUCCAGGAGAGUUGUGCCCCUGCUGUAAUGGCUUCUAAUUGUGGUGGUUGAAUAGACCGAUUGCACUCGCAAAGUCAUGUGACCUAUACGUGUAGUGGGUAUUAAAUACCAACAAACAUGGCGUCCACCAAAAGGAAAGUGUUUCAUCAUUUAUCAGUAUCAUUUACCAAAAAUAAAGCCGAUGAUAGGUACCAUACUCAGACUACUGAUGUAAUGGGUACUAUACCGUCACUUUGCUGUAUUGUUUGUGAACAACUCAAAACACGUUGCUAUAGGGUUGAUACGCAAUAUAGGUAUGUGAUGUAGUGGGCGCAGUCGGUCUUUUACAGUGGCCUCUUGUAAGCUCGUUGGGUGGUUCUGUGGCACAAAGAAGUUUCUCUGUGUCAGAGAGUAACGCUAGCGGGAUAAAAUUCACAGAGCAACGUGUAAAUCUGCUUUGGAACAUACUGCGGUUCAGAGAAAAUGCUAGAUCACAUAUCUGCCAAACUGAAACCAAAUUUGAACCCCAUCCAGUGCAGAACAAAUGCUCUGUUCCCCCCUCCAGACAGAAAAAGAUUUGCACAAUGGACAAGAAUCAUUUCCAUCACAAUACACGGAUUCAUUCAAAAUAAUCACAGUAGGAUUCACAAACGUAACUUCCAAAAGAAUGUGCUUGGGUGAUGCAUACAGAAGUCGUACAGUGUGUUGCAUUGUUACAUUAUGACUACAUGUUCAUGCAUGAUGUACACAACCUCAUUUUACAAAGAGUUGCACAGGGUCUUUGAAACUGAAAAAAAAAAGACAACAGUCAUGCAUUGGCCAGAUGGACUUCACAAGCCUAUUUCUUGGUGUAUAACACAGCAGCAUACAGAAACCUGUUCCCAUAACAUACAGUGAGAAAGAUAUCCAAUACAAAAAUACUUCUCAAAAGAAAAAAUAUCUGGAUAUAACUCACUCUGUUUUUCAUAUUCAAAAAUAAAAAUUUACGCCAGGAAAAAGUGAAAACACUUUGAAAUGUGUUUUUGUUAAAAAAAUGUAAAAUAACAUUUUAAACUAUGAAAUUUACGCAUAAUUUACAAAGUACUCAGUACUUCAUUUCCAAUACCGAUCCUAAUCAUGAAAGUGAUAUUAAAAAACUGUCAUGGUGUUAUUCAAAUACCACUUCACUGUCAAAGUUGUGUUAACAAAAACAAGGUCUACAUGUAAGUACCAGCACCUAACAUUGUAAAGGGUAAAUUUAGACAUGAGAACAUCGAAGCCAUAAUCAGCUUUCGACUGUUGGUAGGUCAAGACUACAGGAGCUGUGGUGCUGUGUCAAGUUCUUUGGCAUACAUGUACCUACAUGUAGAAGAGAAUAAUUGUUCGCAUGUGGUCUGCCAGGUUUCAGCUGAUGAAUUUGUCAAUAAAAGAGGCAGACUUGGCUAAGUCCUGGUUACUUGUGAAGAAUUCUGUGAAUGGUUUUGUGUCUGGUCUCCACUGCAACAGUGGGUACGGGGCUACAAAGAAAGAGAAGGUACUUGGGAACACUGCAAGUAAAAGUUAAUAUUCCUUGAAACAGGACAGGUAUUAAAACACAAGCAGGCAGGGAAUUCCAAAGAGAUGCAGUAAGCAGGAGCAAAAGCUACGUGUAUUUGGAUCUACACCUUCGCUCUGCAUCUAUGCAUUGCAACAAUGUACCACUGACAAGGAGCAGUCAUGUUUCUCUAUCAAACACCCUGGCGAAAUCACGUUCAUUAAACAAUGUCUGAUGGGGAAAUGUGCUUGAUACAAUUGUGAUGCAUUAUCAUCAAGAAAAAAGGCAACGAAAGCCUUUUUUCUUUCUUUUUCUCAGAAGACAUCACACAACCAGAUUCUUCCAUUUCCAAAAACACAUUUUCUUGUAUGCAUCAGAUGCCCUACUACAGACUUACAAAUAACUGCAACUAAGAAACCAAAUGUUGACACUACACAAAAGGCACAUCCUGCAAUCAACCCUACGGUACUUCAUGGAUACAUUGGAACCAGCUUUUAUGUAUACAAGUCACAGUUAACUUCCCUACAAAAAUAGAAAAUAAUUUCAAUUGAUUCCUUCAAGGCCAAUUUGAUGUUUCAUCCUGUUAAAAGUAAUUUCCUGGUAUGCUUGGCCAUACAUGUAUUUGAUUGCAAUGGGCAUCCCGCCUGGAUGAACCAAAACUUCGUUUCUGGUGGCACAACUUCAAUGAUGAAACUUAUAACAGCUGAAACAAGAUCCUUGUAAUCUGAUUUUCAAGGCAGCUGGGCCCUUCUGCACCAAAUGGUAAAUGGUCUGAUAGAACAAAUGUCUGAUCUAGUGUGUGAUGGUAGAACAUCAACUUCAGGUAUGUCAUGUAAUUAUUAGAGGAAUUUAUAGGACACACAAGAACAAUUGCUGAUGCACCUGUACCCAACUUGGUAACCUCUUGCUGUGCUUUUAUGCUUUGCUAAGAUAGAAAACUAAAAGGUUUCAAGCUUCAGAAAAAAAACCAAUUGUAGAAAGGAAACAAAAAUGCAGCUACUGUUAAAAGCAUAUUGUGAAAAUGUUGAGACUGAAGUUUUGUGGAGAAAGAAGAGAACUUGUUCAGUUGCUGAUAUGAACUAAGAGCAAUAAAAAUGGUUGAAUUGGUAAAUGGGACCAGAGGCAAGUUUUUGGCUUUAGUGGGCCUAUUUGUUCAGCUGCCUUCCAAGUUUCUGUGACACCUUGAAAUACAUUUACAUGUAACGGUGUACAUUUGUGAAAACCAAAAAAUUAGAUUCUGUAAUAUUGUAUC